AUGAAUCCAUACGUCUCGUGGUCACUCACUGCACUCUAUUACCUCAUAUAUCCUAUCUACUUUCUACUCGCUUUUAUUGCCCUGACCCUCAAGACUCUGCUGUCGCCAAUCACGAGCCUCCUGCUGUUCUUGCUACAACCACUGGUCCUCUUCACCCAGCUGCUUGCCUACUGCGCUCUUGUUCCCUUGCGAUUCUUGCAGAAAUUCGAGACAAUCUACAUUUAUCUGGGUGUCGCUUCUAUCACGGGCAUCUCUUGUGGCUUGCUGCUGCACUUCGUCUAUUCAAUCUUGCACUCGAAUCUACACCUCGCUUCUGAGCCUCCUGUGAGAGGUCCUUCAGCAAAACAGUACCGCGCUUCACGAAGACGCAAAGAUAUGGAAGCUAUGCUUUCUCCUACCUUGUCAAUGUCCAGUGUGCUCGACACUCCAGGUGCAGGCAGAUAUGGUCUGCUGUCUCAAACCAUUCACGAGGAAGACUCUGAUUUCUGA